AUGUCAACAUGCCGGCGCGUCGAUGAACUGCUAGAAGCAGUUCUAGAGCACGACUGCCAGGUAACGCCCGUCAUCCACGUGCUGCAGUAUCCGGGCUGCGUGCCGAAACCGAUCCCCUCGUUCGCGUGCAUUGGCCGCUGCGCCAGCUACAUCCAGGUGUCCGGCAGCAAGAUCUGGCAGAUGGAGCGGUCCUGCAUGUGCUGCCAGGAGUCGGGCGAACGGGAAGCGUCCGUGUCGCUCUUCUGUCCCAAGGCGAAGAAUGGCGAGAAAAAGUUCCGCAAAUAUGAUGUGGUGAAUUCUGCGUAGUUCUGCGCAAAUCUCCGUAACGAUCCUCGUAAACACUGAUUGAUCGAUCGAUCGCAAUAUCGUGGUGGGAACUGUGUUUACGUGCUUGUGUGGAUGUGAUGUGUUUCUUUUACAGUGUGACAGAAUAAACGCACAGUUCCAGCACGGUUUUAUGUCGCUCGGUGUUAACGGGUGCAGCCUAGCAGAGCAACCGUGAGAGCAAGCAGAGGAGUGAAACUUCAUAAUCAGCAACACGUUCCCCAAUCAUCAUCAAUCGCAAUCAUUGCGCUCCUCUGUGGUAAGGCAACUCCAACAAACCCUGCAAACCCCCCUGCAUCCGUGCCACCGCAUUCCCCAUCGCUCCCA